AUGUUCUAUUUUCCCUCUUCUCAUAACAUGGCCGAAAAAGAAUUGACUGUCUCCUUCUUCUUCUUCUUUUAUAAUGGGUGUGUGGGAGAUGUGAUGUUUAUUCCUCUCAACAUGGUAUUGUUUAUUCCUCUCAACAUGGUGUUGUUUAUUCCUCUCAACAUGGUAUUGUUUAUUCCUCUCAACAUGGUGUUGUUUAUUCCUCUCAACAUGGUGUUGUUUAUUCCUCUCAACAUGGUGUUGUUUAUUCCUCUCAACAUGGUGUUGUUUAUUUCUCUCAACAUGGUGUUGUUUAUUCCUCUCAACGUAGUGUUGUUUAUUCCUCUCAACAUGGUGUUGUUUAUUCCUCUCAACAUGGUGUUGUUUAUUCCUAUCAACAUGGUGUUGUUUAUUCCUCUCAACAUGGUGUUGUUUAUUCCUCUCAACAUGGUGUUGUUUAUUCCUCUCAACAUGGUGUUGUUUAUUACUAUCAACAUGGUGUUGUUUAUUCCUCUCAACAUGGUGUUGUUUAUUCCUCUCAACAUGGUGUUGUUUAUUCCUCUCAACAUGGUGUUGUUUAUUCCUCUCAACAUGGUGUUGUUUAUUCCUCUCAACAUGGUGUUGUUUAUUCCUCUCAACAUGGUGUUGUUUAUUCCUCUCAACAUGGUGUUGUUUAUUCCUAUCAACAUGGUGUUGUUUAUUCCUCUCAACAUGGUGUUGUUUAUUCCUCUCAACAUGGUGUUGUUUAUUCCUCUCAACAUGGUGUUGUUUAUUCCUCUCAACAUGGUGUUGUUUAUUCCUCUCAGCAUGGUGUUGUUUAUUCCUCUCAACAUGGUGUUUUUUAUUCCUCUCAACAUGGUGUUGUUUAUUCCUCUCAGCAUGGUGUUGUUUAUUCCUCUCAACAUGGUGUUGUUUAUUCCUCUCAACAUGGUGUUGUUUAUUCCUCUCAACAUGGUGUUGUUUAUUCCUCUCAACAUGGUGUUGUUUAUUCCUCUCACCAUGGUUAACUUGCGCACUAAAGACAUGAAAAUUUAUCAGUUGAUCGUCAGAUGGUGCGUAGCCAGUCUGUACAUUCCCAUCACACCAGCAUCUCCAGGAGACAAAACCCAACGUAGGCACACUACUAAUUUUUUUUAUUCAGAUCCACAAGCCGUAUAG